ACAGUGGAAUCGGAGAAUAAUCACUCUUCAUCUUUUGCCACAUUCUACUGCUGUUGAUGCGCUUCUGGUGUUCUGGAUUCUCUAGUUUUCGAGAUAUCUUUUUGAUUAUGAUGGCAGAUCGUUUCAGGAUUGUGUUUUUCGCGGCGUUUUAUUGUUUCAUUGGAGUUCUCAACGCUAGCGCUGGUGACUCAGAUCCAGUUUACAGGGCUUGUGUAGUGCAGUGUGAGAAGACUGGUUGUGUGGCAGACAAAUGCUUUCAGCACUGCAGAUUUUCAUCCAGUGGUGUCCCUGUUGAUGGCUCCUGGUACAUGCAGGAACCGCUAUACAGGCAGUGGAAGCAGUGGGAUUGCCAGAGUGACUGUCGGUAUUACUGCAUGGUUAAUAGAGAGAAAGAAAGGGAGAUGGCUGGCCAGAGACCGGUUAAAUAUCAUGGGAAAUGGCCCUUCAACCGUAUCUUUGGGUUACAGGAGCCUGCUUCUGUGGCAUUUUCUGCUUUGAACCUUGCAGUGCAGUUUCAUGGUUGGGUGUCCUUUUUUAUCCUGUUGUAUUACAAGUUGCCUCUGAGACACAGUAAGAAAACAUACUAUGAAUAUACUGGCUUGUGGCAUAUUUAUGGACUCCUGUCAAUGAACUCCUGGUUCUGGAGUGCUGUUUUUCACAGUCGAGACGUGGAUCUAACUGAAAAGUUAGAUUACUCUUCCGUGGUGGCAUUACUAGGGUACACACUUAUCCUGGCUAUCCUACGAACUUUUAGUGUGAGGGACGAGUCUUCCAGAGUGAUGAUUGCUGCUCCACUAAUUGCAUUUGUGACAACCCACAUACUAUAUCUCAACUUUUAUAAAUUUGACUACGGACUGAACAUGAAGGUCUGCAUUGUAAUGGGUGUAGCCCAGCUUCUACUGUGGGCGAUCUGGGCAGGAAUCACACGCCAUCCUUCGCGGUGGAAGCUGUGGGUAGUCGUCGUGGGAGGAGGGCUUGCCAUGUUAUUGGAGAUAUAUGAUUUCCCUCCCUAUUGGGGACACCUGGAUGCCCAUUCCCUAUGGCAUGCCUCCACCAUCCCCCUUAGCUACCUUUGGUGGAGCUUCAUCAGAGAUGAUGCCGAGUACAGAACUAUGGACCUCGUGAAGAAGGCAAAAUAGGUAAUGCUGUCCUGACCUGAUGCAUUCAGUGAUGAGAGAUCAACACUGAAUGGUAUCCUGUUAUGCCAUGGUGACAUCUUUGCUUUGUUGUAAUAAUUAGAACAUAUUUUUUCUCUGUUUUUUUUAACUGGGUAAGAAUAUUUUUCCUUUUGCCC